AUGAAUAUAUUAUUACAAAAAUUAAAUAUUUUAACAAAUUCAAAUCAAGCAAAAUCAACUUUAUCUGGUGCUUUUUUGUUUAAUUUAGGUUCAGGUGGUAUUCUUGCUUGGAGUUCUAUUAAUGUAUAUUUUUAUUCAUAUUUUUUCCAUUAUGAUAAAAACUUUACAGUUUAAUUCGCCUAAAUGGCAUUCGGAAUGGCCUUUUUAUUAAUAGGAUUAGUAGCUUUAUUUGCUGUAAAUAUAGCCUAAAAAGUUGGUUUUGAACGCCUAAUCCGAACAUGUGCAAUUUUAUAUAUUUUGUGCGUCUUAGCUAGUGCAAUAUGUUAAAAAUACAUUUAUUUUUUCAUAUUUUAUAAUGUAUUUGCCUCUGUAUCAUAUUGUAUGACCGCUAUUCCAAUCUUAAAUUGCGCCUGGAGCUAAUUUGAUAAAAAAGACUCUGGAAAAAUAACUGGAAUGUGUUUAUUUUGCUUAAGUAUAUCUGCUUUAUUUUCAAUUUUUCUAUUUACUUAUUUAAUAAACUCCCAAAACGGUUUAGCUGAAAUUAUAAAAAAGGAAGGAGAAAAUGAAGUGCGUUUUUUUUCUUAAGAAAUAAGCAAAAAAGUUCCUCUUGCAUUAAUUUAAAUGGGUAUUUUUUACUCUUUUUUAAUAAUACCAGGCUCUUUAAAAAUACAUAAAAGAAUAUAAAUGCAAUAAUAUGAAUAAUUCGAUAGAGAAGAAUAAAACAAUAUGCAAGAAAGUGGAUAGACUAAAAGUUAAAUAAUUACAGAUUGUCUUUUUUCAACACCUUUUUUAGUUUUUUAUACAUUUAAUUUCCUCGAUGCUAUGUAUAUAGGAUAUUUAUAAUUAAAUUUUAAAAUAUACGGUUAAAAUAAAAUAAAAGAUGAUUAAUUUCUAACUUUUAUUCUUCUUUUUAAUUAAAUAAUAGGAGGUCUUGCAAAUUUAAUUUUCGGUUAUUUAAUAGAUAAGUUCCAUUUUAAAUACUGUUUUAUUUUAAUAUAAACAUGUAUAGGUUUACUAACUUUUACAAUGCCAUUUAUUUCCACAUUUAAAUUUUUACUCUUUUUUUGGUAUAUAACUAUUGGAUUUGUACUGAAUGGAUUAUAAACCAUUAGCGGACCAGUCCUUAUGGGAAUUUUCGGGGUCGAUAUAGGAUCUAAGUUACUUUCGGUUAAGUCUACGGCCUUUUUUGGAGGAGUUAUUUUUGUUUAAGUCUUGGCUUUUUUUUUAAAUAAAUUUUUUACGUUUGAUGAGGUUCUACAUAUAUUGGGAAUUGUCAUAUUAUUUAGUAAUGUUUUGAUUAAAAAAAUUGGUGGUAUUUAGAUUUAUAGAUGA